AUGAUGACGUUAUCCCAGCAGCAUCCCCGUCGUCAUGGCAACCGUUUCCCUUUGGAGCAUCGGCUGUCUGGAAGGAGAGGGUAAUGGAUAGGGUCGGAGUGGGAGACCCAAAGUGGCGUCCUCUGCCUCAAGCAUCUAUGGAAUUCGAUGCCAUAAUUCAGGCAGAGGGGGUGGGUUUUAUUUUAGAGAGCGAUGGAGAUGGUGAGGAUGAGGAGGAGGAUGGAUGAGCCGAGCGCUAGAAUCCAAAGAUAACUGGACGUAAAGAAUCGAUCGAUUGAACCAGAAGUUAAGAAACUAGAGAUGGGGCAGGAAAACCUGGAAAGGAUAGGUGAGGAGGGAUGACGAAAGGUGGAGCUGUGCGUUAUACAAGUAGCCACUAUUAUCAUUAUUAUUAUUAUAUUGCAUUGACCAGUUGAACCAAAAUUUAUAAAAUAUGAGAUGGGGAAAAAAUGACAAAAAGCUUUUAGUAAAGCGACAGAUAGAAGUAAAUAUGAAUGAGAAUUCUGGGGUAGUAAAAAUUGCAUGAAGCACUUUGGCAAAUUAAGAUAAAAUAUCCACAAAAGAAGAAAGGUAUAAAGAUCGGUAGAGGGAGCUGUCCAGCUAUCACUCAAACUUUUCCAGUUGUGUCUUAUUAUCAAACAUGAUUAAUAUUUGGCUGUAACAUACCUGACAGAUCACUCCUUUCCCCUAAAUUAAUGUAUAUAUUUGCGAUAAUAAGACCCUUUUAUGUCUCUGGCAGUUUUUCAAAAUUGAUAUACGAAUGAAAACUACAUAUAACAGAAUAACAAAGGAUACUGAAAAAUUACAUGCACGUUUGAUAUAGUGUUAUGAACAUCAUCUCCUUCAAACUUGGUCACGACUCUGUCGUGGUGUUCAGCCUUCUAAUAUGUGAUUCACUGUACUGAACCAGGCAAGCACUGCUCAAACUUGUCAGAGAUUUUAAAAGGGAGUGAGCCCUCUAGUGUUCAUGUUUUGUACAUGAUAGAUCAGAGCUGAAAUUCCAGCACUCUGGUCUGGUGCAAGUUACAACCAGUUGUCGGCAUUGGAUGUUUACAAGUUAGUUUGUACACGUAAAGUACUCCAGUAUUGUCCAGAUGACUCUCGAACUUUUUUGCGGUUUUGCGUCUUCCAUCUCUCAUAUUCUUGGAGGGAAGCCAUCACUCAGAUAAAUACAAAUUCAACACCCUUCCGCUGCCACGGAAAAACCGGAAUAAACAUCGGAACAGCGCGUCAUCGGACUCCCCGAGUGAGCGUGUGACCCGUAAGAAGAGCUUCGUGGACAUGGCCAAGAGGAAGAUGAGCCGCGGGACGAAGGAGACCGUGCUGCCGCAGCCCGAGACGCCCAAGAAAGUGGGAGUCGAUAAGGAUGUGGACAAGCUCAGAGGGUCAGAGAAGGCUGUAUUGACAGCAUUAAAAUGGUUCCUUGAUGUUGUUCAGAAGGAGACCCUAAUCAUGUUACCAGGGAGCACAACCAAGGUUCUGCAAGAGAUCAUGGAACUCAAUACUACACUCAAUGCUUGUCUCAAGCAAGAAGAAAGCUCGGCAUUGAGUUCGCGGCAUAGCCAAGUAUACCAGAGCCUCGCUAACCUGAUCCAUUGGGCCGACAAGAUAGUCCUCUACGGUCAGUCGGUCAUGGACAAGAACCAAGGCACCCAGGUGACCAGCGCCGUCAAGGACGGCAUCAGUGAACUGGUCAAGCUGUCCAUUGAGAAACUCCAACUCCAGGACAAGAAUCGGAACGAGGCCGGACGCCAGUCGCCCUCGGGAUCGAUGUCCUCCUCAUCGGAGCAGACCUCGUCCAGUCAGAAGGGUCAAGAAUCAUUGUCAUCGGCAUCGUCGUCGCCGGUCAGCCCUCACGGGUCACCGAAAGCGCUCAAUAACUGCAAUGCCAACACCAGACCUUCAAAUACUGUGGAAGCCAUCUUGGUGGAACAGCGCCCUCUGAGUCCCCGGGAGCAGGAGAUCCUUCAGAAGUCUCCCAUAUCUCCGUUCUGCCCUGUGGAGUUUGGUAGUCCGGCCCUGGACCCUACCAGUGCGCCGCCCAAACCUCCCCUUCCCGUUCAACGCAUCCUUGUCACAGAGAAUCUACCUGUACCUCCACUGCCACCGAAGAAAACCAUUAAGCGUAGUUCUCUGUACGACAACGAACCCCACGACGGGCCCUUCCCCAUGCAUCCUUCAGUACACAACAACAACAACCCCCACCUGAGCCGAUCGUUUUCCGGCAGCUCGAUGUCGGUGACGAGCCAGCAGUCGGACCUGAGCAACGCCAGCUCCCACAGCAGACCCGACUCCAUGCACAGUACCCAGCACUCGAGUUACCAUAGCGACGAUUGGGAGACGUCGACGACGACGACGGAGCAGAGCAUUGAUAUGUCGAGACUUUCUUUCACGUCGGGUCGCUCGGAAGGCACCCUGAGCCCCGCCCCCUUGAGCCAGAGCAUGCAAUCGUAUUCCUUGAAUGAAUCGGUCAUGAUCUAUCAAGAGAGGAGACUUACCAACGGGGGUUAUACCGGUGUAGGCGUCGGCGGGGAGGGUUGCGGCGGGGGCGACAGCACGCCCCCUCCUGCACUCCCGGCCAAGGUCAAGCCGAGGACGGUCAGGCAGCUUUCCGCUUACGAGAACCUCGCGCCAGAGGAAGCGGAUGCCCUGUGCAAGAAGCUGCAGGAGGAGGUGUUUGUGACGGAGGCACCACAGCCGGACGUGGUGGCAUGCGCAACCCCGAAAGGGAUCGCCAAGUUUACGUCUAGCGGGGAUAUCGACCUUAGGCAGGAAUCAGAUGGUCCACCGCCUCUCCCACCAAAAACGAACAAACACAUCAAUACUUACCUUGACCUUGUGGGGGGCUACAACACGGACGGUGUCGAGCUGUCCUUCCAGCAAUCGUCAAUCUCCACCCACAUGCUAGCCUACAACUGCUCAAGCCACGCCUCGCCCUAUGAGUACAUGCAGCGCCGGGAAGAGUUCUUCCAGCAGUCCUACCGCCUCGAGGGCCAGGGGCUCUCGGACUCCGUCUCCACCUGCAGCACGUGCAGCGUGGCCAGGGGUCACCAUUCGCACCCGGAGCGGUUCGAGCCGUCGCCGGGGGUCGCGGGGCGAAGCUACGACAAGGGGUACGAGACGAUGUCGCAGGGUAGUCACGAUAGCGACGAGCUGCCCCCGGCGAUUCCACCGAAGAAGAAAGACGCAAAUAGUUCCGAGUUGAGGUCGAGGCACUAUACAAAUCCAGAGAGGCCGUCAUCGCCCAUGUACGACCUCAAGAAGAAAUCAGAGAGUAUGAUAGAAAACGGCAAUCAGCAACACCCACACAAUGGAGCUCAGUCACCUGUCGCGAGACUGCCCGCGGAGGUGGAGUCUGAACCAGAAGAGCGCUUUAGUGAGGGCGGUAUCCUUGAUAUGUUAGAUGUCAGUGAACUUUUAUCAUGGAGUAUGGAGGAGGAAGGUAACCCAGUGAAGGGAGGUCCUAUCAAUGCAUUAAUUGUCUAUGCAGCCGAUGCAGAUAGAAAGGAUCUAGUGUACUAUGAGGCUUUUCUGACGACCUACAGAAUGUUCAUCAACUCAAGAGAUCUGCUCAACAAACUUCUUAACAGAUAUAGGAAGUUCCGCCACAAGACUGACAUGAAGUCCAGGAGAGCCAACCGGAACGCAUUCUUCUUACUCCUCAGGGUAGCAGGAGAUCUCAUUGGCCAGACAGAGGAUGACAUCUUGAAGAUGUUGAUGGAGCUGGUAUUCCAACUCCUCUGCGACGGUGAGCUCAUGCUGGCCAAGAUCCUCCGUGACAAGGUCCUCACCAAGAUAGAGAACAACAAGAAAGCCCUCACAAUCAGCAGCAAGCAUCUCUGGGGCGUCGGCAUCUCCAUCUCGAGACCAUCAAUAAAUGAGAUAACAAGUCAAGAAAUUGCUGAACAAAUGACCAUUCUGGAUUCGGUACUCUUCCAGAAAAUUGAGAUUCCUGAGGUCCUGAUGUGGGCGAAGGAGCAGUCGGAGGAGCUGAGUCCCAACCUAACGAUAUUCACAGAACACUUUAACAAGAUGUCCUACUGGGUGAGGUCUCUAAUUCUCCAGGAACCUAAGGCCCAAGACAGGGAGAAGCUUCUUAUCAAGUUCAUCAAAGUCAUGAAGCACCUGAGAAAGCUGAACAACUUCAACUCCUACCUAGCGGUGUUAUCGGCAUUAGACUCUGCUCCGGUCAGGAGGCUGGAAUGGCAGAGACAAACCGUAGAGGGUUUGAAGGAGUACUGUACAUUGAUUGACAGUUCAUCAUCUUUCCGCUGCUACAGGGCUGCAUUAGCUGAAGCCGAACCACCUUGCAUACCUUACCUUGGGCUGAUUCUCCAAGACAUCACCUUUGUGCACAUUGGCAACCCUGAGGAGCUACCUGAUAAUGGCGGCGUCAACUUUGUCAAGUGUUGGCAGUACUUCCAAAUCUUGGACAGCAUGCGUAGAUUCAAACAACAUCACUACGACACGCUGAAGAGCAACGAGAAGGUUCUGCUGGUCUUCAAUGAUUUCUCAGAGUACUUGGACGAGGAAGCCAUGUGGCAGCUGUCAAAGGUCAUCAAACCAUGAGAUCGAUCCCACCGCUGCCACCGAUGUCAGGAUCUUGGAUUCCUUGGACGACAUCAUCACGUAUCUGACUCUUAAAGGUGUUCAUGCGUGGGUAUACAGUUGUUCGUGAAGUAGGCAACUUGGCGAUCACUCCCGAUCACCACAUAACACUGAGCCAAUGGGUAUCACGCCCCCGUGCGUAGGUCCAUGUGCUGCCCUCUAUAUACCCAUGCUUGAGCAACUUUAACAUGGAUCCCACUCCUGAUGCUAUUGUCGGAAUCUUGGAUCCAAAAUUCUUACGCCAUCAUGGACCUCACUCUUUACAUGGAUCCCACUGUUUACUCCAUCUAGGAACCAAAUCCUGUAGGUGAUGUAAUAUCCCACUGCUGACACCAUUUUGAGAUCCCACUCCUCAAACUAUUGUCAGGAUCGCCCAAGAUUCCUUGCAGACACUAUCAGGGAUCUUACUCUUGACAUGGAUCCCAAUACUGCGACACUUAUCCUAAUCUUGACACGGUCCCUACUCCCGACACCAUCAUGUAUCUCACUCUGGCCACCAUCUUGGAGGCCUACCUGACACUAUCCGUAUCUUGGCUUGGAUUCAACUCCUGACAUGGAUGCAACUCCAGGGACCCAUUUCACAAAGCCUUUUUUCAAUGACAAAUGACAAAAAUCAGUGACAAAUCUGUUGAUAACCAAUCAGAAGCAAGGAUAUCAGUAGCUUAUAACAAAAACUGUCAUUUGUCACUGAUGACAAGUUUUGUGAAAAUCCGUUCUGAUGCCACCUGCUGUUCAAUGUACUCCAGUAGGAUACCCAAGCUGUUGCAGCUAGCGCUAUAACCCAGCUUCUUAUUGUCGAAAUCUACCGUUGAGGUCCUAUUGAAGACAGUUUAUUCUUUUGGUCACGGGACAAGCUUUCAGCCGCGUGGACUGCAGUGAAUCAAGUGUUGGUGUAACCCUGUGCUGCUUGAAGUGCAUCGAAGAUUCAAUCAACGUGUUGGCUGUGCCGACGUAUAUAUAUAUAUAUGAACUUGGCAUUAUGUGUUUUGAAGGCUGCAACUUUUUCUGCGGAGGAACAAACAUUUAUAGGCAGUAAAUACUUUUUCAGUAUUAUGUGUGUGUUCCCACAAUGUG